CCAGCGCAGCGCACUGGGGGGAGCGCCACCAAUAUGCGGCUGAUGGUUCGGGGAGGCUGAGCACUGGCUGAGUUCUCAGUUCCAGCGCGAACCAUCUCACAGAAGAAGGAGCAAAAAUGAUGGAGGAUAUUAAAGUGAAUGUGGGAAUGUUUUGACUGAGCGGGAUAAAAAAAAAACCUUAAGCCGGACUGCUUUCUCGGAUCUUACCGCAUCUGAGGGAAUUAAUUUUUUUUUUUUUUACAUGCAGAAAUGCCGUUCGCCAAGAGGAUCGUGGAGCCGCAGCUGCUGUGCAGGCACGCGGUGCCCAACGACGAAGGCUUGCUUUUCGAGGAUCUGCGCUCCAUCAGCAACGUGGCCCUGUCCCGGACCCUGCGGCAGCUCUCGGACCUGGCCCGGCACGCCUGCUCCCUCUUCCAGGAGCUGGAGGCUCAGAUCAUCUCCACGAACCAGCGGGUUUGGGCUCUGCAAAACAAAAUCGGCAGGAUGCAGAGAGCGGCGAGCGGGCUGGACCCCAAGCAGGAGGCAGUGCCGGUGUCCAAUCUUGAUGCGGAGAGCAAGCUGACCAGUCACUAUCAGUCGCUCUGGCACCUGCAGCGCCGUCUGUUCCAUCCGUCCAGCCGGCCGGCGUGCGUGGAGGAGCUGCACCGGAACGCCAAGCAGACGCUGCGCGCGCUGCAAAGAGACCAACAGCUGCGCCAGAGGGCAAACGUGCAGCGCAGGGUGACCAUUUCCAUUUCGGUUGCGCCCCCUAUGCCCACCUUCCCUUCACCACGUACCCUCAGACGGCGGGAACAGAGGAGCAGACACCUGCGAACGGAGAGGCCGAUGCAAGAGCCAGAGAGUCAAGCGGCACAGAGGAAGGAGAAACCUGCAAGGGAUAGUGAGUUUCAGCCAGUGCAGAGAAAGUUUGAAAGAACCCGAUCCUCCUCCCCCAUCAAAUGUUGCCACUUUACCCCUUGGAGCAGAAAGGCUGUCCCACCCUCAGAUUCUGUCCCAGACAUGGUUUCCCUGGGUCUCCGGCCCAAGUGUCCAGUGCCCAACGUUCCCUCCACGCUGGACAAGCAGACAAACUGGUCUAAGGCCCUUCCGCUCCCCACCCCAGAGGAGAGAAUGAAAACUGACUCCCAAGUGAUCUCCUCCUGCAUUAUUCCCAUUAAUGUCUCUGGGAUUGGAUUUGACAGAGAAGCCAGUGUCCGUUGCUCGCUUGUUCAUUCUCAGUCGGUGCUUCAAAGACGACGGAAGCUGAGAAGACGAAAAACCAUCUCUGGUAUUCCCAGACGCGUACAACAAGAAGACUCUGAUGAAUCUCCUGUAGCUAGAGAACGGACUGUGAUUGUACACACCAACCCUGAUAUCUCCUUGUGCCAUGAAGAACUUUCUCUCAGUGGCCGUCUGAACACCAAGGAUUCGGGCUGCCAGACGGACGACUUCUUGAUUGCUGCACCCUCCCGAAGGCGAAUUCGUGCCCAGAGGGGCCAGGGUAUCCCCACCUCCCUCUCCCACUCCACUGGCAACAUCACGUCUCUGCCAGACGCCUCCGACGCUAUGUUUACAGCAGCCAAGGGAAGCCGCCUGCGCUCCCGCAGCCUGCCUCGGGAGGGUGGCCGACUUGUCGAUGAUGACCAUGAUGACAGUGAUGAUGAAGAGAUGUCCCCUUAUGAAGAAGAGGAAUUCCUUCCAGGGCCCGGAGAAAGGAUGUUAAAGGAUGAAGAAGAAAGUACAGAUGACCAGGUCAUGCCAGAACAUCAGCUGGUCAGCCUGAAGUGCAAACAGCAUGGAGGAAGCCCGGAACACACCUGGGUAGAAAGGGGAAGAUCACGACUGCCACGCAAGGUUGACAUGGGGAGCUGUGAGAUUUCAUCCAGCUCAGAUACCUUCAGCAGUCCCAUUCACUCCAUCUCCACAACAGGAGUACUGAGCAGUCAGAUAGACCACAAGGAAGAUCACCAGUCCUCUAGUGGGAACUGGAGUGGGAGUAGCUCCACUUGCCCCUCUCAGACAUCAGAGACUAUUCCUCCUGCCGCCUCACCUCCUCUGACUGGAUCUUCGCACUGUGAUUCGGAGCUCUCGCUCAAUACGGCUACUAAUGCCAAUGAUGACCCCACUGGAUUUGCAAUUGACCCUUACCAGCUAGACAAACCGCAGGUUCGAGGCCACAGAGCUAGCUCCUUUACCUCUACAGGGACCGACCUGUUGGAUGACCCAAGCAUCAGCACCGCAAGUGACGGAGAGUGGAACUACCCACAGCAUCAGUAUGAUAAGUCUUGCCAUUUGGAUUUCAGUCCACCACGCUCCAGGGAGGAACAAAGUGGCUUAGAGUGUCCUAGUUUCACAAGUGUGGCUACUUACGAGAGCUUAAUGGACAAACCGCCAUCUGAGAAGGCAGAUUCAAGCUCACACUACUCUGUUGACACAGAAGGCUACUAUACCUCCAUGCACUUUGACUGCGGUCUUAAAAGUAGAGGAAGCUAUAUUCAUAACUAUGCAGCCAUGGACUCUGAAAGCAGCCAAGGCAUAAUUGUUGGACCCAGCAACGACGAAUUCUGUCAGCCAGAUUACAGAGGUCUCAGAACUCUAGGAAGACAUUGUCUUUCUUUAAAAAAACCAAAGGUGAAGCCAGAACCACCAAAACGUAGUUCUUCGUUAAGGAAAAUAAGCUGUGGUGCAAAUGCUCUUGACACGAAUGAACCAAAGAUAAAUAGUGAGCAGCAAUUACCAUUGUCUUCCAGGGAAAUGAAGCUGCAGCUAGAAUUAGCUGGUUCUCCAGGUCAGUCAGAAGACCCCACAGCAAGCGAAGAGGCAGCAGAUGCUUGGUCUGUGGAGAACACUGGUGAGAUGACCGACUCAACUCUGUUUGCUGCCACAGUUACACACUCCUUUAAAGACGAAGGUGCUGUGCAGUCUGACUAUGCAGAUCUAUGGCUCCUCAAUGACUUGAAAUCCAGUGAUCCCUACAGAUCCCUGUCCAAUUCCAGCAGUGCUACGGGUACAACUGUCAUUGAAUGCGGCAAGUCAGCUGAGAGCUCAGAAUCGCAGACCUCCCAGUCGGGAUCCAGAGCCACCUCACCUUCUCUUCCUUCUGCUGAAAAUGAGUUUAAGCUUGCCUCCCCUGAAAAGCUAGCAGGCUUAGCAUCACCCUCAAGUGGGUACUCCAGCCAGUCAGAAACACCAACAUCUUCCUUCCCCUCAGCUUUCUUUCCUGGGCCCAUAUCCCCAACCAGUGGCAAGAGGAAGCCCAAAGUUCCAGAGAGAAAGUCUUCGCUCUCUUCCCUGCAUCAGCAGUUCUCCUCCAGAGAUGGAAGCACUUCCUCCAAGAGAGACCUUGAGCUACCAAUUAUACCUCCAACCCAUCUUGACCUAAGUGCUCUUCAUAAUGUUCUCAGCAAGCCUUCAGCCUACAGAAACCAGAUGUACAUUCUCCACCAGAACAAACAGAAGGCAGCAGCGGCAGCAGCAGCAGCAGCUGAGGCACGAGCAGCCAAUAUUCGAGCAGCAGAAGUUCAAGCAGCAAAGGCCGCUCAGGCUUCUGCUGCUGACAGCUCUUUAGUGCCCAGCUCAGCUGCAGCAGCCAUCACACCAACUGCACUGCGUUCUGUCCAGCUACGAUCCAUAGGCAAAUCCAGCGAGCAGAGUCAGGACCAGCUCAGCAGUGAUGCAGCAGCCAGGCCCAAGUGUCCCCCUGCAGCAAUGGUCACCCUUUCCAAACAAAACAGGUCUCCAGAGUCGAAGAAACCUGUAUUCCUCAAAUCAAGUGAUCCCUUUUCUCAGGAGCACUGUCAAACACUGUUUACGCCAGAUGACAGACCCUCUGUAAAGGAUGUAGCAUAUAAAAAAAACGUGGAACACAGGCAAGACAGAUACCCUCCAGGACCAAUGUGGGCAAUGACACCAUUUAGAAUCCCUUCCAACCUGUCUUUCACAGAGGAUGACCCCUUAUUCCAGCCUGACGUUCAGCAGCUUGAAAAUGAGCCAGAAGGAGACGAAGAUGAUGAAGGCAUACCUGAGAGUGCAACAUGCAUUAAGAAAGUGGAAGAACUCGAGAGAGAUUAUUUAAGCGGCCCACCUCCUGGAGACACCGUGGAGAAGGACCAGAAUGAGCCAACAAGUCCUGAAUGGGCCAGUGAAUUUCCUUCCUUGAGUCUGACAAAAGUAGAUUCCCCCCCUGCUAACAACAGUACAACAAGAAAAUAUGAAUCUGGUCCUUGCAACAAUCUUGACCAAGUGCCUGUUAUUACUUAUCAAUCAGAGACUUUGCAAGCUUACACAAUCAACAAUACAACUAGCAGGGAAGAGGACUACGAGACAUCAGGUGUUCCUACCAAAAGUGCCUCACAGGACAGCAGGGAAGAGGGAUCAACACCAGACACAGAAGAUUAUUUCAGUAAAGAGUCUACACCAAGUGACAACUCACUUUCUCCUCUGAACGAUGAGACUAAAGCGGAAGAUGACAGCGUUUUUCUAUCUCCCAAUAAACUACGCACAACUGAGGACCUGUUUGCUAUGAUUCACAGGUCCAAACGGAAAGUGCUUGGGAGGAGAGACUCUGGAGAGGCAAUUGUGAGGAGUCGACUGAGUACUGCUUCAGCAAGUACCCCGGCAACAUCUCCGAACACCCCUGUGUCUCCUGGCACGCCAACCUGUCCACAGCGAGCUCCAGGGCCCAUAUACCGGAGUGCCAAAAAGUCCAGCACCUCCAACGAAGAGUUCAAACUGCUGCUUCUGAAGAAGGGCAGCCGCACUGACUCUAGUUACCGCAUGUCAGCUGCAGAAAUUCUGAAAAGCCCCAUCACACCCAAAUCUCUCGGGGAUCUGGCCACUGAGGCAGCCCGGCAGCAAGAGGACCCACCUGCUCCCCUGCAGCAGUCACCAUCAAGUGCUGAGCAACUCCCCGCUCCCUUCCCCAUAGCCAAUGCUGAAGGCUUCUCCCCUAAAGGUUUCUCUAUGUCAGGAUCCUCUCGACAAGGUCGGUCUAGAGUUCCUCCUGCUGCCAGCAGCAGCCGAUAUGGCAUGCGCAGCCGGCUCUACACCGCUCCCAUGCAGGCCAUCUCAGAAGGCGAGACCGAGAACUCUGACGGGAGUCCUCAUGAUGACCGUUCCUCACAAGGUUCCUCCUAAAAACAUUCUGCUAACCUCUAAAGUAAAAACAGAAGAGAAAGCUUACGGACUAGUAAAGUCCGUCAUUUGAUAUUUUCUUGUAGGUUACUAACUAUUUAAUACCAAGAGAGGAGUUUUUGCAACUUCUUUUCUAUGAAAGUGAAUCACUGCAAGUAAAGGAGAGUACACAGUUUGAAAGGAAUAAUUUUGAUUCUGAGUCUGUCUUUCUGUAGGCUGUAUUGGUGCAUAGGAAAUAUGACACCCUUUACAGAUAUCUUUUCGACUGUUGUCUAAAUUAAGGUCUACGAUAAAAUAACUAGUUAUUUCAUAAAAUACCCACAGACACAACAAUGUGAAUCAGACUGAUAACAAAUGUUUGCAAACACAGUGUAUAAGCUAUUUUACAGUAUAUAUUACACUCAUCACAGAGGCCAUAGUAUAUAACAAGAGUCCUAAGUAGGUAUAUUGCAGAGUCAGAUGCGUUGCAACACAUGAACGGAUAAAGGAUGAAACAAGAGGAAGUGACAGAUGAAGGGAAUCUCAAAAAAUCUGCUUUUGGGACAAUCUAUCUGUGGCCUUUGUGUACAGGAGGUCGUGGGGAUUUGAUAUUCUGAACUCAUAUACAGGUAUUUUUUAAUAUUAUCGCUAAAGACCGAUUUACCUCCUUUACAAGAGGGUCCUUAAUAUCGACUUUUUACUCAGUCAUUGUUCUUCAAGAUGUGCCCAUGAUUAUCUUACAAGAUACAUCUACGUGCAUAUACAUACACACACUCAUGCACAUAAACGAAAAGGAUAUGUACGAACACAGAUAGAAUUUAUUCAGUAACCUUGGCCUAAGGUUCAUGAUGACGUCUAGCAUUGCUUGAUAUAGGGAUGCAAUCUCUAGUGUCCUAGUCAUAUUUUUAGCUUGGGGUCUAUCACAAAACCCCAGCAGAUACAUUACAUUACCUUUACAAAGAUAUUAAGGUUUCGUGUUUUCAAAACAAAAUUUUCUAAGAAUUAUGACAAUAAAUGUGCAGCAUAUGCUUGUAAUGUUUCCGUAUUUUUUCAGCUCAAUUUGAAUUUACCUUCUCAAGAAAUUGCAGACUAAUGUUACCGAUUAAGCAAUACCAAUGCUUGCGGGGAGUCAGACAAUAAUGAAAUGACCCAGUGUAUUCCAUGAAUACCAUUGCAGUUAUACUCUCUUAAUUUAGUGUAUAUGCUUUGAGGCGAGUAGUUUUCCGAAAAGUUAAUAAAUUAACUGAAAUAGUGUACACUUGGAGAACACAGACACAGUGGAAGAAGAGACACUGCAGGCUAGCAAAUGAUGAAAUGCGGAACCCCCAGUCGAUUUCACAACUGUUUGCGUACAUUGCUGUACCGCAGUAUAAGUUGACCAGCAAACGAAGAAAUGAAUUUUUCUCAUGUUUUGCUUUUACAAGCCUUUCAUUAGCUACCAUGCAAUACAUUACAAAACGCAACACUGUGGAGUGUUGUAAAAGAAAGGUCAAACGUAACACAAUGGGGGGGACAUUGUGUUUUCGGAUCACUUGAAUUUAUAUUGCUGAUACGUUUCAAUAGCUGUAGAAAACAUUUUAAUAUUGUAAAAUGCUGACCAUAUUUUCCGGUUUCUAAGUGAACUGAACAAAGUUUCAGGAACCUUUUUUAGACUUGAAUGAGAAGUGGGUACCAAAAUGAGGUGGACUGAAAAAAGCGUGGAAACGAAGGUCAUCAGAUGAAGCGAGGCAGGACUGGAGGGCAAAAGCUUUUGAUUUUGGAUUAAACCGGAUGUAUAGCGAGUGCAGGGA